AUGUCCACUGUCCCCCCAACCAAGGAGGCCGAAGCUCAACAUGUUGAGCAGGGCCAAAUUCCCGGACAGGACCAGGAACUUGAAGGCUGGGUUGGCCUGGCCCAAGAUGCUCGUGAUGCGACCGUUCAAGAGCACAGAUUGACUUUUGUCGAGGCUGUUAAACUCUAUCCAAAGGCGUGCUUGUGGACGAUGGUUGUGUCCUUGGUGGUCAUCCUGGACGGAUACGAUACCGCCCUGAUCGGUUCUCUUUUCGGUUUCCCUGCUUUCCAGCUACAGUUCGGCCAUGAAACCAGCACUCCUGGCUCCUACCAACUCGACCCCAAAUGGCAAACUGCGCUGGGUCUCGCCAGCCCGUUGGGUAACAUUGUCGGCAUCUACAUCAACGCCUUCUUGACUGAAAAAUGGGGCCACAAAAAAACUUGCCUCGGUACUUUGGCCUUUCUGACUGCAGUUCUCUUUAUUCCCUUCUUCUCGAAGAGCAUCCAGGUUCUCUUCGUUGGUGAACUUUUAUGUGGAUUGGCAUGGGGUGUGUUCACUACUUUGGCUCCUGCAUACGCCUCUGAAGUAACCCCUGUCGUGCUUCGAUCUUAUCUCGAGACAUAUGUGGUACUCUGCUGGGGUAUUGGACAGUUUGUCGCUACUGGGAUUCUGGACAGCCUCGAGCAUCGCACCGACGAAUGGGCUUGGCGCAUCCCCCUGGCCGUGCAAUGGGUGUGGCCCGUGAUCAUUACGCCUGUCCUCAUAUUUGCUCCCGAAUCGCCAUGGUGGCUGGUCCGUAAGGGUCGUGUUCAGGAGGCCGAAAAAUCUAUCAAGCGGCUCUCCUCCUCCCAAGAUCCUGACCACGCCAAGAAAUCCGUUGCCCUGAUGGUGGAAACUACCAACCUAGAGAAGGCCCUGACCGAAGGCACCUCAUUCAUCGACUGUUUCCGUGGCUCCAACGCUUGGCGUACGGAGAUCGGAUGCGUUGUCUGGACGUCUCAAGUUCUGUCUGGAUUUGCCAUUACCUCAUACGCGACCUACUUCUACGAACAGGCUGGUUUGCCUGCUGCUAGUGCCUACAAGAUGAGCGUUGGGCAAAGUGGCCUCCACUUCCUUUGCACAUUGUUGUCUGUGUUUAUCACCGGUAACUUCGGUCGUCGGCCCGUCCUCUUCGGGGGAUAUGUUGGCAUGGCCAUGUCCAUGUUGAUUUUGGGCAUCAUGGCUUGCGUUCACCAAACAUCUGGUCUGGGUUACGGAGAGUCCGCGAUGUACCUUCUGUGGUACGUUUUCUAUGAGCUGACUCUGGGACCGCUGGCAUUCAUUGUUGUUGGUGAAAUUUCGUCCACUCGUCUGCGCUCGAAGAGUAUCUCGCUCGCCCGUAACGCCUACAAUGUCGCGAAUGUUUUCAGCUCCACUGUUGCUCCUUAUACACUCAACCCCACCGCGGCCAACUGGAAGGGCAAAACAGCGUUCCUUGCUUCUGGAUUCACCCUUGUGGUCAUUGUUUGGGCUUAUUUCCGUCUUCCCGAGUCGCGUGGACGUACUUAUGAAGAGUUAGAUAUUUUGUUCGCGCGAGACCUGAAGGCUUGGGAAUUCAAGGAUGCCCAGAUUGAUGAGGAUGCUGCAGAGACCUUUACCAAACAGAGUUGA